AUGAAGCCCAGUGGACGAGCCUGUUCGUAUCUAUUAAUUUAUUUCCCUUCUAUCUAUCUAUCUAUCUAUCUAUCUAUCUAUUUCCGUCUAUUCUCUUUUCGUAUCUAUCUGUCUGACACUUUUCGUUUAUUUCUGUCUAAUUCCCUCUAUCUCGUCAGGGUUAACAGUUUCUUCUUCUUCUUCUUCUUCUUCUUCUUCUUCUUCUUCUUCUUCUUCUUUGUCUCUUGCAGCAUUUCUCCUUCGUCUUCUUUUUCUUCUAAUUAUUUUUCUUUGUCCGUCUUCAUUUUUUUGUCUUUUUGCACCAUUUCUUCUUCUUCUUCUUUACCUCUCUACAUCCCCUUUCUCCUCCAUCUAUUCCUCUUCUUCUUCUUCUUCUUCUUCUUCUUCUUUUACCCUCUACACCCUCUUUUCUCCUCCAUCUAUUUCUUCUUUUUCUUCUUCUUCUCCUUCUUCUUCCUUUUACCCCCUUUCUCCUCCAUCUCUUCUCUUCUUCUUCUUUUUCUUCUUGUCCUCCUCCCUUCUUCUUCUUUAACUCUUUCCCAUUUCUCCUCCAUCUUCUUCUUCUUCUUUUUCUUCUCCUCCUUCUUCUUCUUCUUCUUUAACUUUUUACGCCCCCCUUUCUCCUCCAUCUCUUCUUCUUCUUCUUUUCUUCUUUUCCUCCUUCUUCUUCUUUAA